GGAUAAUAACUCACUAGUGCGCCGUUAUGGUCCGACUCAAUAACAAACUGGCCAGUAGUAGUUACAUCCUGAACUGGUUCGCCGACGACUUCUUCUGCUGCAUUAGUAGCUUUUAGGGCUCAUGCAACCCUGUGGGAUUCCUUUGCCAUAUUUCCCCGCCCUCCUUUUCGAGAAUUUUAUUGAGCUUCCUUUUUCCCUGCCAUAGCUUGUUCUUGAUUUCUUUUGUUUCGUCACACGCUUCUCGAAGAAGCGUAUACUCAGUAUGUCCUCGCAUGAGAUGAAGAAUCAGGCCGCGGUCCGCCACAAUGCCGGGCCUAUGGAUAUGGGCAAGGAUCGCGACGACAUGGAUCUUGCGCGCAUUGGCAAGAAGGCGGUGUUGAAGCGAAACUUCAGUAUUCUUUCCAUUCUCGCGUUCAGCUGCACCAUCAUCGCAACAUGGGAAGGGCUACUCGAUACCUUUCUAAUACCUAUGGAAAAUGGCGGGCCUGCGACUGCAGUCUACGGGUAUAUCUUUGCAUGGAUAGGAACAGCAUCUUGUUUUGUGAUUCUCGCCGAGCUGUCCUCGAUGGCUCCAACAUCUGGUGGACAAUACCAUUGGUGCGCAAUGCUUGCACCUUCUCGUUCUAUGAAAUUUGCGAGCUAUCUCACAGGCUGGAUCACCGUUUUCGCAUGGCAAGCCGCAUUUGCUUCUGUGGCCUUUCUUAGUGGCACCGAGAUCCAAGGGGCCGCUAUCUUGACUUUCGAGAAUUAUAACGCCCAGCCGUAUCAAGGGACUCUUAUUCUAUGGGCUUGCGUAUUUGUUUCCCUCGCUGUUAAUAUUGUCGGCGGUAAACUACUGCCACGCUUGGAGAAUCUUGUCCUUGUGCUACAUAUUGUUGGCUUCCUGGCGAUCCUGAUCCCUCUCACCUAUAUGGCAGAUCACAAAAGUGCCAAGGAGGUCUUUACAAUGUGGACGAAUGAGGGUGGCUGGUCCUCGAACGGUAUUGUGUUCUUUCUUGGAAUGCAAGGUGGGGUCUUCGCAUUUUCAGGAGGCGACGCUGCUGUCCAUAUGGCUGAAGAAGUUCAACAAGCCUCGAUAGCCAUACCUCGCGCUCUGCUUAUGACCGUCUUGAUUAACGGUACUCUCGGGUUCGGAAUAUUGAUUGCGGUCUUAUUCUGUAUGGGCGAUCUGAGCACUGCUCUUGAAACCCCCACAGGCUAUCCGUAUAUGCAGAUUUUUCUCCAAGCAACGGGCUCAAAAGGUGGCUCUAUUACUAUGAUAUGUAUUCUGCUUGUGAUUGGCUUGUGCUCUACCAUCGGCAUGUUAGCUGCUACCUCCCGCCAGUUCUGGUCGUUUGCCCGUGAUCGAGGAAUUCCGGGAUGGCGAUUUUGGGGCAAGGUUUCUACUACCUCUAACGUCCCGAUUAACUCUGUCUAUUUCACCAUGGCCGUGUCAUGUCUCCUUGGCCUCAUCAAUAUCGGCUCUGACGUCGCUCUCAAUGACAUCCUGUCUAUGGCUAUUUCGGGCUUAUAUCUGUCAUAUCUGACAGUUUCAGGUCUUUUACUUUACCGUCGCAUCCGCGGAGAUAUUCGCCUCAGUAGCGAGAACGAGGAGAUGACUGUGAACGUCCCCAAUGCACCGUUGGUAUGGGGCCCAUUCCGUGUCCCAGGAAUCCUUGGCAUCGCCGUCAACAUGUUUGCCGUUGCGUAUCAAAUCAUCGUGAUCUUUUUUAGCUUCUGGCCUACCGAAGCCGUAGUGGACUAUACCACCAUGAAUUAUAGCGUGGUCGGAACCUUCGGGACUAUAAUCAUUGCUAUUGUAUACUACUUCCUGCGGGCGAGAAACGUAUACCAGGGCCCAGUGGUGGAAGUGUUUUGAUGUACAUAUAGCACCCUUUAUAUAUAUAGACUUUGCAGAGGUUAUGACUGUCAGUCAUAUGUAUUAGUAGAUAUUUCAGCAUAACGGUUACUAAGGCGUCCAGACAAGAAAGACGGGUGGCCCUAUUUCAUCACUGUCUAAUGGCUACAUUCGGCUCGCCUAGAGUAAUGUACCGAGGGAUAGCUCUUGCAUUGUUUAUAAUUAUAGCUAUCAAGGGCUUCACGCAGUGAGUGAAUUUCACAACUGCACAUCGAGCCCAUUGUGUAUAGGUUGGAGUCUAGCUACGCUCUAUGCUAGCCGCUUAGACUACUAAUGUUGUCUAUAUAUAGUGAAUAUGUAUAAUACCAAUACAUUGUCUCGACGGGAAUAAACACAAUUUGACAGACUAGCGAGCGUA